UGCCACAGGCACACGCGCGGGGUCCUCCCAAAAAGCGCCUCUCUCUCAUCGUGAGAGUCAACAAGAAGAAGUAGCCUCGACACUGUCGGGAACUGGGAAACAUUGGACCUCUGCUUGUUGGUCGAGAAAGAGGAGGGAGGUGUCUUGUCUGCCCGCCUGCUCUCUCUCUCUCUCUCUCUCUCUCUCUCUCUCUUUCUCCCUCCCUCUCUCUCUCAAUCAGCGAGGCUACUGCCACUGGAGCCAAGAGUUGCCGUUCCGCGCGCUGAUGCCAAAACGCGCAGGAGGAGUCAGUGCCAAAGGGUCACUUUAGCGCACCACUGCUGAAAAUCGAAGGACUGUAUAGGGAAACCCUAGAAUACACGGCAGCUGUCUGACCCCCCAGAUGAAACAAUCAUAUCAUUAGAGUUUAAGAAAGGGGUGAACACGGGGGAAAGGAGCCAGAUAAGAGUUCCUAUCGCCGCUGGAGUGCACCGUACCUCAUCUGUCACCGCGGUCGCCGCAGCAGAGGUGUUGCGUCCCGCGAAGACGCAGUCGGACCUGGUCGGACGCGCCGCUCUCCAGCCUCUUAUUGCGCUCCCGUCCGCCCCUUCGCGUCCCGAACGCGCACCGGAGCGGCAGUCGCGGACUGCGAACUGCGGAGGGAAUAAGGAAGGACGGGGGGAAAGUUGGUCUCCGUGCGAUCCAGAGCAGACCGACACCACGGUCCAAGCCGACUCCAAGUGCCGUUCACCGGGCGAUGCCAGAGUAAAUGCCGGGGCAAUGUCCCGCCGCAAGCAGGUGAACCCGCAGCACUUAUCGUUGACGCACAGGGAGACAAUACAAGCAGAGGCCAAUCAUGACUCAGGAGCGGGAUCUCCGUCUCCGGUGCCGUCCACGCCCAGUCCUCGGAGGGCGGGGCCCGGGGAGCACGAUCUGCUGACCUGCGGCCAGUGCCAGACCAACUUCCCUCUGGGUGACAUCCUGGUCUUCAUCGAGCACAAGCGCCGCCUGUGCCGGGGCCCCAGGAGCGGACCGGGCUCUUUCUCCAAGCCCGGGGAGAGAGGCGGGGUCACAGGCCUUCCCAUCCCUCCCAGGGUCAGGUCACUGGAGCUGGGUAGAGGGUCCCUCCCCGUGGAGAUCGGCAUCCAGGUGACCCCCGGGGGAGAAGGGAAUGAGGAGAGGAGGCUGACGCCGGCCAAGGGAAUCUGCCCCAAACAGGAGAGAGGAGAUAAAAAUGAACCAUCGAGCUACAUCUGCACGACCUGCAAGCAGAACUUCACCAGCGCCUGGUUCCUGCUUCAGCAUGCCCAGCACACUCAUGGCAUCCGCAUCUACCUGGACAACCACCCAGUCAACUGCUCCCUCACUCCCCGCAUGGCUCUGCCACCGCCCCCCGGCGUUGAGGCCCUGCCCCGUUCUCCUCUCCCCACUUUCCUCGGUGACACCAACAACCCGUUCCACCUCCUCCGCAUGGCUGCGCCCCUGCUCAGGGAACAUCCCCCUCCUCCGGGGUACAUGGAGACCCGGCUGCCUGCAACGCCACCUUUUAUCAGCCCUCCACCUCCCCCAAGACCUCCUCUGGAGCGGCUAGGCCCAGAGGAGAUGGGGCUGCUGUCCCAGCACCCCAGUGCCUUUGAGAGGGUGAUGCGGAUGACCCCCAUGGAGCCUCCUUCCAUGGACUUCUCCAGACGUCUGAGGGAACUGGCAGGCAACACAACCAAUAAUGGGGGGCCCACACCCCCGCUCUCACCCAACCGCGUGCCACCCAUGCACCGCCUGCUGAGUCCUACGCUUUUCCAGCCUGGCGCCAAGCCCCCAGCGUUUCUCACCUAUGCUCCACAGCCCCCCACUUCCCAGGGGGGGCAUGGCUCUACCAGCCCUCCUGACACCCAGGGUCAAAACCAGACCCCAGGGAAAUCCAAAUCCUGUGAGUUCUGUGGCAAAAUCUUCAAGUUCCAGAGCAACCUUAUCGUCCACAGGCGCAGUCACACAGGAGAGAGGCCGUACAAGUGUCAUCUAUGUGACCAUGCCUGUUCCCAGGCAAGCAAGCUUAAAAGGCACAUGAAGACUCAUAUGCACAACAAGUCUGGGUCUAUGAGUGGCUCCCCAGAACCGGGAAAUAGAGGAGAGGGUGAGGAAAAGAGUAGGGAGGGAGAUUCAAGAGUGAUCGGAUUGGACAAUGAGGAGGAGGAGGAGGAAGAGGAGGAGGAGGAAGAGGAAGAAGAGGAAGAGGAGGAGGAACUGAGAAAUGGAAGUCGGCCAGAUUCCAACUUAAGUGAGGACUCGCAGGAGUUCGGCCCGAAAAGGGAGAAUGGUCCGAGACAGUCUCCCGAGGAGAAGCCCCUGAACAGGGACAGAGUAAGUGACAGUGGCGGAGUGGGCAUCAUGCACCAGUACAACCAUAUGGACAAUCACCUCAGACUUAACCCUCAUAAGAGAAUCCUGGAGAGACAACCGAACGGAGAUGGCGGAGAGAGGGGUGAAGCAGAACGAGAGAGAGAGCAUGAGAGGGAGCAGGAGAGAGAGCGGGAGAGAGAGCGGGAGAGAGAGCGGGCGAGAGAGCGAGAUGAACAGGAGGACCAGAGGCCUGUGAUGAAUGGCAGAAUCAGUUUAUCUGAAGCGGAUUCGUUCCCUGGGUUGUUCCAGCGUAGGCCCACCCCCAUCACCAGCCCCAACCCCUCAAACAACAAGCGGAUCAAGAUUGAGAAGGAACAUCUGGAGCUUCCCCCAACCCUACCCCUUAUCUCCCCGGAGAACGUCUACUCUCAGCUCCUGGCUGGUUACGCAGCUUCACGCCACUUCAUCAGAGAACCCUUCUUGGGGUUCACUGACUCCCGUCAGUCGCCGUUCGGCACCUCCUCCGAGCACUCCUCCUCAGAGACAGGAAGCCUCCGCUACUCCACCCCGCCCGGUGAGCUGAUGGAAGCGGGGAGUGCCUCGGGCCGCAGCGGCAGCAGCACCCCUCACCUCUUGCGGGGACCAGGACCAGGGAGGCCCCCGAGCUCCAAGGACAGGAGGAAUGACACGUGCGAGUACUGCGGCAAGGUGUUCAAGAACUGCAGCAACCUCACGGUGCACCGACGCAGCCACACGGGGGAACGGCCCUACAAGUGUGACCUGUGCAGCUACGCCUGUGCCCAGAGCUCCAAGCUGACACGCCACAUGAAGACCCAUGGGCAAUUUGGAAAAGAGGUGUACCGCUGCGACAUCUGCCACAUGCCCUUCAGUGUCUACAGCACACUGGAGAAACACAUGAAGAAGUGGCAUGGCGAACAUUUGAUGGCCAGUGAGGUCAAACUGGAGGAGGCGGACAGAGGUUAAGCCAUCAACCAUUGGUUAUUCAGUCUACAGUGUACACAAGCAAAGACACACACAUACAAACACACACAUGCAGACACACACACAUGUGUGCGCGCACACACACACACACACACACACACACACACACACACACACACACACACACACACAGGCACAAACAAAAUCCUUAUAACCACUUCUUCAGCUAUGGGGCUUGGCUGGAUGAUCUCUCUCUUUUAAAAAAAUAGACUGAUUGAUGUUCAUCUUUUUUUUUUCUCGUCACAGAAACUGCCACCUGAGAAUAUAAACAAAGGGAAACUUUAAUGAGAACUUGCCAGGAAAGCCCAACUCGGUGUUUCUUGGCAAACUGUCUGAGGAUUUUAUCAGUUAGGAGUCCAUGGAGCCUUUCUACUGUGCAAUAAUUUCUGUAUUUAUUGGAUUUUUGUAAUGAUAUUUGGCAUGUGCAGGUACAUCUUUGUGGGAUUUCAUAUGGAGUUAGUUUUGAAAUGUGCUGAAAAAAACCCCAGUUUCUUUCUUAAAUGCGAUAACUGGACAGAAGUCACCCUUAAGACAAAAUAUCUCUUUUUUUUCCUUUAAGGAAGCUUAUUAUCAUGUGAGAGUAAAGUUGAAUGAAGCCGUUAGCUUUUAAAAUUAAAAUAAUUGUUUUCUAUAUUAACUGCAGCAGCGGACUACAAUCCAUUCCCUCGUACAGGCAAAGCACUGAAUGUGAGCCUGACAAUAAAACACCAUGCUGGAUUUAAAAAAUCCAACACUGUCUUAUCGACCUGAUGAGUUGCUUUUUUUUUAAUUUAUUCAGGGAAUUCGUCCUUGAAAUACUGGCAUGUGAAAGAAAAAUAUCAAAAUGUAGUUACUGUAUUGCUGUCCUUGCCUCAGUCAGGACAUAAAUAAAGGUUGCACUUAAUGGAGGUACCCUUAACUGAUGCUCAGAACAUUCCCAACGUAGGAUUAAACGGACAUAUUUAAUAUGUUGAAUAAGAUGAGACUACUUGUGAUUAAUGUGAGAAGGUGAAGAGUCCUGUUUAUGGUUUGUAAAUAUAUUCUUUUCUUUUUUUUAUAUAUGUUAAAGUAGCCCUGACUUUACGUGAAACACGGCCUAAAAUUAAACAAUCAGAAGACCAGCUGCUUGCAUCAUCCACAGUAUAUGCUAAGUGUAACUACCAUACAUUAUUGCUUUAUCAGACCCACUUCAUUACCUCCCCUACUCCCCCACCUUGUGUGUACUUACUCAAAGGCGAUUUGUUAACCGAAAGCUACUUCAACAAUUGUAACACUCCCUGAAUCUUUCUGGAUCUCCCUCUCGCGUCUGGCAUGGCAUCCGUCUCUAACUCUGACCCAGGCCGACUCCCCCGCCCCGUCCCCCCGCCCCGUCCCCCUUAGGACGCACAAAAAAAAAAUAAAAAAAAGAGGUUCCAAAUGAAAUUCAUAUCAAUAUGUGUUGGCGUGUGUGUUCUCCUCGCCGCGGCGCGCUCUAAGCCUCUCUCCGACGGCGUCUUUUCACAGUUCACUAGCUCAGAUUCAUGCAUUAGAGCGGCUUUUAAAAGGAAGCCGGUUCAUUCGCCUCACAAAGUGAUGUGGGUUUAACUCCCAGUAACAGAUUUUUGAGACAGUGUGCGUGUUCGUGACUUUUGGGGAUUACGAUUUUUUAUUUUCCGCAUCAUUCAUUCUGAAAUGAAUCUGGUGCAAAAAAAAUAAAAAAAAUAAAGGCUAUAUGAGUUAUGAUAAUUUUAAGCAAAGCUGCACUAGGGGGAUGGCCGGCCGACCUUGAGUACGGGCUAUUCUUCUGGUGAAAGUUAAAGAUAGGAACUGAAAAAUGCAAAAAGUGUGAGAAAGAAAUGGAGGGAGAGAGAGAGCAAGACGUUGACCAGGGAGAAGAGUCAUUCACAUGAAAUUGAAAGCAUAUGAAAAGUGUGGUGUUGUUCCUUUCCUUUUUUUUUAAAUUUCUUUCUGUACCCAAAUGAACAUCUAGUGGCCACGUCUUCUAACGGCCCAUCAGGGUAGAGACAGAGUGAGCGUGAGAGGGAGGCAGACGGCAGAGCCACAUGAAAGGAGACGGAGACUCCAUCAUUCAUCUCACUACUGCAAUUCUCAGUCAUCACAAGAUUGACCUGCCCUUCUGGCCUGUUGUCGGGUUCUGUGCGCGCCGUUUUGUCACGAUCGUAAAAGGAACACAGAGUACCCCUCGAUGCAAAUUCCUCCUUUUGUGAUUUUAGACAGGUCACAGCAGCUCACCAUAAGCUAUUCAGUUACCAUGUAUUUCAAUAUAUCUUCAGUGAACCGACACAAGACGCGAGGUCGGCGGCAGAGCUGCGUCCAGCUUGCUUGCAGAUGUUGAUGCAUGACUGCAAAAAUCAAAGUCCUGUUGUAAAUACGCAGCGUAUUAAUUCCAGGCAAAUUCAGUACAGAGUUUGGCCAAAAAUGAGCCACACAGCUAUGAAAUAUAUCAGAUUGAAAGGAUGAACAGUGGAACCCCCUCACAGUGAUCCAGACCACACAUGGACAUUCAGUCUUACAAUAUGUUUACAGUGUUGAAGUAUGCCAUUAAUGAAAUACUCUGUGUAAGUGUUUAAAGAUGAUAAUAAAGUAUUGUUUUCUCCAAUGUUCUUUAAAAAUGUUUUUGAAUGCCAUAGCAGUUUUGUAUGAUUAUCCUGGUGGAGGGAUUUUAUCUUCAUGAAUAUGUUUCUGUAUGAUUACUUGUUCACUGUAUGGGAAGACGAUUUUAUAAAUGUAAUAUUGCAGAAUCAUGCCAGAUUAUCAUUUUAAAUUUUUUUUCCUAAGAAGAGAGCCAUUAUUGGCUCAUGGUCUCUCUUCAAGUCUUCUUUUUGUUGGUUUGGUGAAGCUAUCCCUCAAGGAUGUAAAACAAAAGGAUAUUAAAACAAAAAAUUAAAUAAAAAUGAGAUGAAUGAAACUGAAAGCUAAACCUUCUUCAGGGGAAAUAUUAUGGUUUGCGAGGGAAUGCUUUUUCCAAAAUUCUAUGAGACAUCCAUGGACAUAAUGUUUUUUUGCUGUUUUUCCUCGUGGUUGGCUGAAGGUCUUGUGAUGGCACUUACAGCUGUAAUUUUGAAUACAUUUUCAUAUUUCACUUUUCACUUACACUCUUUGUAUAAAAUAGUUUCCUUGUUCUUUUUGGGGGGAGUGCAUCAUUGUGAGAAAAAAAAGUGAUUUCAGAACAGUACACAUCUGCUGUUUUGAACAUAUAUGUAUUUUUGUAAUGUGUUGAAAAAUCAAUACAAAAAGCCAACACUUCAAUAAAUGUUGCAAUUGCUCUACGACUGAAA